GGAUCCGGUGGAAAAACAGCUUCUUCAGGUGAUAGGUUCCAGAUCUCUGGGGGCGGGGACGCAGGGAGUGGGAAAAGCGGAGCCCGGCCAGGUGACCAGUCCAGAAAGCCGCCUGCUCCUGGGAGCCAAGCCAACUCUCUUUCUACCGCUGAGGUGAGGCCUCCAUGGAGCGGUUCCUGGCCCAGUUGUGCGGCACCAGCGCGUCGCAGCCGCUCCCUGUGUGGGAGGGAGACACCACCGGCCACUGCUUCACCCAGCUGGUGCUCAGCGCCCUGCCCCACGCGCUCCUCGCUGUGCUCAGUGCCUGCCACUGGGGCAACCCGAGGAAUCCAGGUUACAUCCCGCGCUGCAGUCCUGGCUGGCGGGUCCGACUUGCAGCCUCCUUCCUGCUCUCCAUUUUUCCACUGCUAGACCUCUUUCCAGUCGUUUUGCCACCGGGGGCAGGCCCAGGGCCCACAGGGCUAGAGGUGCUGGCCGGGGGCGUGGCAGCUGUGGCCUGGAUCAGCCACAGCCUGGCCCUGUGGGUGUUGGCUCACUCCCCUCAUGGCCGCUCCCGGGGGCCCUUGGCCUUGACUCUGACUGCCUUCCUGCCAGCCCCAGCCCUAGUGCUGACCCUGCUAUGGCACUGCCAGCGAGGCACACUUCUGCCUCCACUUCUCCCAGGGCCCCUCUCCCGCCUAUGCCUUCUCAUCCUGCAGCUGGCUGCACUCUUGGCCUAUGGACUGGGCUGGGCAGUCCCUGGGCGGCCACAGGAACCCUGGGCCCAGGAGCCCCUUCUCUCCGAGGGACAGGAACCCGAGGUAGCUGAAGAUGGGGAGAGCUGGCUAUCACGCUUUUCCUAUGCCUGGCUGGCACCAUUGCUGGCCCGUGGGGCCCGUGGAGAGCUCCGGCAGCCCCAGGACACUUGCCGCCUCCCCGACAGGCUGCACCCAACCUACCUAGCCCGUGUCUUCCAGGCACAAUGGCAGGAGGGGACCCGAAUGUGGAGGGCCCUGUAUGGGGCCUUGGGGCAGCGCUACCUGGCACUUGGACUGCUGAAGCUGGUGGGAACCAUGCUGGGAUUCUCAGGACCCUUGCUACUGUCCCUACUGGUGGGCUUCCUGGAGGAGGGGCAGGAGCCAUUAAGCAAUGGCCUGCUCUAUGCCCUGGGGCUGGCCGGUGGGGCCGUUCUGGGCGCUGUGCUGCAGAAUCAGUAUGGGUAUGAGGUGCGAAAGGUGACACUUCAGGCACGGGGGGCUGUGCUGAACAUCUUGUACCGAAAGGCUUUACAGCUGGGGCCCGGACGCCCUCCCACUGGGGAGAUCCUGAACCUACUAGGCACCGACUCUGAGCGGCUGCUAAACUUUGCUGGGAGCUUCCAUGAGGCCUGGGGCCUGCCCCUGCAGCUGGCCAUUACCCUCUACCUGCUGCAUCAGCAGGUGGAUGUGGCCUUCGUGGGUGGUCUGAUCCUGGCACUGCUGCUGGUUCCCGUCAACAAAGUGAUUGCCACCCGAAUCAUGGCCAGCAACCAGGAGAUGCUACAGCACAAGGAUGCACGGGUUAAGCUCGUGACAGAGCUGCUGAGUGGCAUUCGUGUCAUCAAGUUCUUCGGGUGGGAGCAGGCGCUGGGGGCCCGUGUAGAGGCCUGCCGAGCUCAAGAGCUGGGGCGACUCUGGGUCAUCAAGUACCUGGAUGCAGCCUGUGUGUACCUGUGGGCUGCCCUGCCAGUCGUCAUCUCCAUCGUCAUCUUCAUCACCUACGUCCUCAUGGGGCACCAGCUCACUGCCACCAAGGUGUUCACGGCCCUGGCACUGGUGCACAUGCUUAUUCUUCCCCUCAACAACUUCCCUUGGGUGAUCAAUGGCCUCCUGGAGGCCAAAGUGUCCCUGGACCGGAUCCAGCGUUUCCUCGACCUUCCCAACCACAACCCCCAGGCCUGCUACAGCCCAGAUCCUCCGACAGAGCCAUCUACAGCCUUGGAGCUACAUGAAGCCCUCUUCUCCUGGGACCCAGUUGGAACCAGCCAGGACACCUUCAUCAGUCACCUCGAAGUGAAGAAGGGUAUGCUGGUGGGCAUCGUGGGGAAGGUGGGCUGCGGGAAGAGCUCACUGCUGGCUGCCAUCGCGGGAGAGCUGCACAGGCUGCGGGGGCGGGUGGCAGUGUGGAGGCUGUCCAAAGGCUUUGGCCUGGCCACCCAGGAACCCUGGAUCCAGUUUGGCACCAUCCGAGACAACAUCCUCUUUGGGAAGACGUUUGAUGCCCAGCUGUACAAGGAAGUGCUGGAAGCCUGUGCCCUCAACGAUGACCUCAGCAUCCUGCCUGCUGGGGACCAGACAGAGGUGGGGGAGAAGGGUGUGACCCUCAGCGGAGGACAGCGGGCCCGGAUUGCCCUUGCUCGUGCCGUCUACCAGGAGAAGGAGCUCUAUCUCCUUGAUGACCCUCUGGCCGCCGUGGAUGCGGACGUGGCCAACCACCUGCUGCACAGGUGCAUCCUGGGAGUGCUGAGCCACACCACGCGGCUGCUGUGCACCCACCGCACCGAGUACCUGGAGAGGGCUGACGUGGUGCUGCUGAUGGAGGCCGGGCGCCUCAUCCAGGCUGGGCCCCCUUCUGAGAUCCUGCCAUUGGUACAAGCUGCCCCCAAAGCCUGGGCUGAGGAUGGACAAGAGUCUGACCCAGUCACAGCCCAAUCAGUACAGAACCCAGAGAAAACAAAGGAGGGGCUGGAGGUGGAGGAGAGCAUGUCUGGCCGCCUGCUGCAGGAAGAAAGCAAGAAGGAGGGCGCCGUGGCCUUCCACGUGUACCGUGCAUACUGGAGGGCCGUGGGCUGGGGCCUGGCCCUCGCCAUCCUCUUCUCUCUGCUCCUCAUGCAAGCAACCAGGAAUUCGGCUGACUGGUGGCUCGCCCACUGGAUCGCUCAGCUGAAGGCAGCCAAGAAUAGCUCCCAGGAGGCGCCAGCUCCCACCAUCCUGGGCUCCGCAGGGCCCCUGUCUGCCCAGUUGCUCUUCUUCUUCCCCGGAAGCCUCUACACCUCAGUGUUCCCACUGCCCAAAGCUGCCCCCAAUGGCUCCUCAGACAUCCGUUUUUACCUCACCGUGUAUGCGACCAUUGCUGGCGUCAACUCCCUCUGCACCCUUCUCCGGGCAGUGCUCUUUGCAGCGGGUACCCUCCGAGCAGCCGCCACCCUGCACCGCCGCCUGCUGAGUCGAGUCCUCAUGGCGCCGGUGACUUUCUUCGACUCCACGCCCACGGGCCGGGUCCUCAACCGCUUUUCCUCCGACGUGGCCUGUGCGGAUGACAGCCUGCCCUUCAUCCUCAACAUCCUCCUGGCCAACGCGGCAGGCCUGCUGGGCCUCCUGGCUGUGCUGGGCUCUGGCCUGCCCUGGCUGCUGCUGCUGCUGCCGCCUUUGAGCCUCAUCCACUAUCGCGUGCAGCGCCACUACAGGGCCUCCUCGAGGGAGCUGCGGCGCCUGGGCAGCCUCACCCUGUCUCCUCUCUACACCCACCUGGCUGACACCUUGGCGGGCCUCCCUGUGCUCCGGGCCACUGGGACCACCUACAGGUUUGAGGAGGAGAACCAGAGACUCCUGGAGCUAAACCAGAGGUGCCAGUUUGCUGCCAGCGCCACGAUGCAGUGGCUGGACAUUCGGCUACAGUUAAUGGGGGCUGCAGUGGUCAGCGCCAUCGCAGGCAUCGCCCUGGUGCAGCACCAGCAGGGCCUCGCCAACCCAGGACUUGUGGGCCUGUCACUGUCCUAUGCCCUGUCCCUGACGGGCCUGCUCUCCGGCUUGGUGAGCAGCUUCACACAGACAGAAGCCAUGAUGGUGAGCGUCGAGCGGCUGGAGGAAUACUCCUGUGACCUGCCCCAGGAGCCCCAGGGCCAGCGGCCGCAGCUGGGCAUUGGCUGGCUGAGCCAGGGGAGCGUGGAGUUCCAGGAUGUGGUGUUGGUGUACCGGCCAGGGCUGCCCAAUGCCCUGGAUGGGGUGACCUUCUACGUGCAGCCUGGAGAGAAGCUGGGCAUCGUGGGCCGCACGGGCUCUGGCAAGUCUUCCCUGUUGUUGGUGCUCUUUCGGCUGCUAGAACCCAGUUCUGGGCGAGUGCUGCUGGACGGCGUGGACACCAGCCAGCUGGAGCUGGCCGAGCUCAGAUCCCAGCUGGCAAUCAUCCCCCAGGAGCCCUUUUUGUUCAGUGGAAGUGUUCGGGAAAACCUGGACCCCCGGGGUCUGUACGAGGACAGGGCCCUGUGGCAGGCCCUGGAGCAGUGCCACCUGAGUGAGGUGAUCAUGUCUAUGGGUGGUCUGGAUGGCGAGCUGGGCGAGGGGGGCCGGAGCUUAUCUCUGGGGCAGAGGCAGCUGCUGUGUCUGGCCAGGGCUCUCCUCACAGAUGCCAAGAUCUUGUGUAUCGACGAGGCCACAGCAAGCGUGGACCAGAAGACAGACCAGCUGCUCCAGCAGACUAUCUGUAAACGCUUUGCCAGCAAGACAGUGCUGACCAUCGCCCACAGGCUCAACACGAUCCUGAACUCAGACCGGGUGUUGGUGCUGCAAGCCGGGAGGGUGGCGGAGCUGGACUCCCCCGCCGUCCUGCGCAGCCAGCCCCACUCGCUGUUCCAGCAGCUGCUGCAGAGCAGCCAGCAGGGAGCCCGCUCCUCUCCCUGAGGGCCCCGCAUCCCUGCCCACAGGGCCUCCCUCUGUGCUACCCACUGCUGCCUGGUACGGGGGGCCUGCCGCUGUUUACACCCUUCUGUGGCUCUACCUCUCUCUCACCUCCGCAGAGGGGAAAAGGGUACCCUGGGCUCCUCUUUACAAACCACUCCUUCUCGGGGGCAGAGUCCCGCGGCUUCCCCAGAAGCAGGCCUCUGCUCUGGCCCUCUUGCAUCUGGGACUCCAGGCGGGUUUUUUCUGACAAAGGAGCCCAUGUGCACUUCCAUAGUUUUAUUUGAUAAAGUUCCAUCUUACACUCUGUAUUAAAAAAAUAAUAUUUCUGGCAUGAGGCUGAGGUCCCUCAGUGUUGGGUAUCCCAGCUGAGGGGUGGCGAGAAAGGGCCAAUCCACUCUGAGCGGCAGAGGAGACGAAGGAGGGGGCAGGAAAACCCCCACCUCCAUCACAGUGCUGUGGUCUUCCCAGGCUCAGGGGGCAAGUCAGGCGGCAGGGGGAGCCCUGCCGACAGCAUGCUAACCUGACACUCCUGGUCCUGGUGCGCCGGGGCAUAGUGUGGGGCAGAGUAGCAACAGGGUCCAGGGGGGCAGACACCCCGGCGCCAGGCCCUCAGGGUCAGCAACACCGUGGACAGGACCAGAGCGGCAGUGACAGCCCCAAACAGCACCACGGCCACCAGGCUGGAUUCGCCCAGCCUGGCCUCUUGCCUCCGCACUACCUCCUUCACGGAGAUGCGCAGCAGACCGGCGCCCCCGCUGUGGGGAACAGGCCCCGUGGCAGGUACCACCACAGCCAAGGUGGGCCCCGGGGGGAUGUCCGCUAUGGUGGCGGGAUCUGGGACGGGUAAGACUAGCUCACAAGUCUUGCCACCAUAGCCACUUGGGCAGAGACAGUCAAAGUCGUGGACCCGGUCCCGACAGCGGGCCCCUCUCUGGCAUGGGUGGCUGGCACAGUCAUCCAGGUUGAUGGUGCAGAAGCGCCCAGCAAAGCCCUCAGGGCAGAGGCAGGAGAAGCGGUUGAUGCCGUCCAGGCAGGUGGCGCCGUUAGCACAAGGCCGCAUCAGACAGUCGUCCACGUUCACCUCACAGCGGGCACCCACAAAGCCCGCCAAGCAGCGGCAUGUGAAGUUGAGGGCGAAGCCCUGGUCGUCCUGGCACUGCCCGCCAUUCCGGCACGGGGAGCUGAGUGGGGUGGGAGAGGGCAUUUUACCGACUGCCAUCUGCAGGGUAGCCCGGGUGGACAUCCUGAUCACUGCCACCACUACCACCCCCCUUCUAGCUAUGUCACCUUGAGCCACUUUUCUGUGAGACUCAAAUGCCUCAUUUUAAAACUAGGAUUAGGGGAAUUCCCUGGCGAUCCAGUGGUUAGGACUGUGCUUUCACUGCCAAGGGCCUGCGUUCGAUCCCUGGUUGAGGAACUAAGAUCCCACAAGCUGCACAGCACGGCCAACAAAUAAAUAAAUAAAAGUGUUAAAGAAAUUUUAAAUAAGUUUUUUAAAAAAAUAAAAAUGGGAUAAGAGCAGUACC